AUGAAUUCUCCAAUUAAACAAAUCAAAUUCAUAGGACCAUACGAGUUAAUCCUUCCCAAAACCACGGAAAAAUUUCAUUUAUCGGCAAUAAGAACAUCAGAUAUACCACAAAUUGUUUCGUUACUAGAAUCGACGAAUAUAAACUCGAUUGACAUUCACAAGAGUACGAUAUCAUUACCAAAUCCUUACACCUUAUCGGAUGCGAAAUGGUUCGUUAAUAAAAGCAUUGCGGAAUAUAGAACAACGUCACGAUGUAAUAUAUGGGCGAUUCGUAAAUCAUCAAAUGAUGAGUACAUCGGAUGUAUUGGGUUACAUUCAUUCAAGGACAUUAAUUUCCUUGAAGAUGAAAGAGAUAAGAAAUUAUUCAAUGAAGGAUACGGGUUAGGUUAUUACAUUUCCUUGAAAUAUCGUAACUUGGGUAUCGUUAGUUCGGCCGUGAACUUUAUUUGUGAUGAGAUCGCCUUUAAGGAAUUACGAUUGGAUAAUGUUUAUGCCAACGUUUUUACUGAUAAUGUGAAAAGUCAAAACUUGUUAAAAAAAUGUGAUUUUAAAUUGAUUAAAUUAAUACCAAAAGCUUUGGAAAAAAGUGGUGAAAUGAGAGAUAUGUAUUCAUUUAUUAAGAAAAGGAAAUGA